AGCGGCUUGAGGACGCCCAGGAGAAUUGGUUCUAUUCCGCCCCUGUGUUGGAAGUGCAAAGGACCCACAGGUCGGGUCUAGAAGUUGAGAAUUAUUCUCAUACUCUCUUUAAAAAAUAGCCUCCUGUUUAUGUGGAGAAGGGAGCCAGUUGAGACACCCUUGCCUAUAUGGGUAAGGUGUUAUUGCUGCUGGCUGGUGUGAGAAGGUCCUUGGAUGUGAACAUGGCUCAGAGUUCCAGCAGCUCCUCUGCCUGGGGACUGUCAUUUGGAAAAUGGAUCUGCUGGGACUGAAAAGGGUCCAUGAGGUACAACAGUUGUGUCCUCCACAUGAUGGAUAAGGAGUGGGGAGGUCAGUGUCGACCACAGGUCCAUUUUAGUAGGAGCAGGCACAGCUGAGGGAUGUGCCCUGCUAGGAAGGCCCUUACUGAGCCAGGAGGGGUGAUCACAUGGCAGGUGGCCAGACCCAGGUUCCUCUUAGCACAGUGGUUCUCGACUUUCCUAAUACUGCAACCCUUUAAUAUAUUUCCUCGUGUUGUGGUGACCCCAAACCAUAAAAUUAUUUUCGUUGAUACAUCCCAACUGUAACUGUGCUACUGUUAUGAAUCAUAACGUAAAUAUUUGAUGUUUCCGAUGGUGUAGGCAACCCCUGUGAAAGGGUCAUUCGAUGCCCUUGGGCUGAUGACCCACAGGUUGAGAACCACUGUCCCAGCAGGUGCAUUCAGGCAACCAGGCUGGGAAUUGGAGACAAACACUGAGAAGUGAAGGAAACAGGAAGCAGAUGGCUGCCUUCCCAAGGGCGGGGCCCAGCGUGCCAUGCCAGAGCUUGCCUGUCUGGGUGUGUUCCGUGGGGUCCCAAGGAAAACGGGUGUGUGCCACCUCCACUGGCACACUCUAGUUCCUGUGUGGCAUUUGGUUUACAAUGAUUCUGGAGCCACCAAAGAGUUGCCUCCCCAGCCAGGUCUGCUGCCCAGAAGUGGGAACCAUUCCAGACACUCCUGACUCCGUGGUCCCAGGGGAGAGGAGAGAGAGGCAAGGUUGGAGCUUACUUAUAUCACACUGUUUAAAGGUGGGGUGUCUGGGGCUCAGCUCUUUGUUUUUCACUGGAUCGAGUCUUUUUAAUGGGGGAAGAAGAGACUUUGCUGGAGCCUGAGCUUGGGAACACAGCUCUGCUGUGUUUAGGGACCCUGAAGAGGAAACACAGUUCUUGGGAGAUCACAUCUCAGUGCCAUCUCAGUACCGGAGACCAAAGAGCCUGUACCUGAGUAACAGAAGAGAAGGAACGGUUUAUGUGCAUGCUCCAUACAAGUCAUAGCAUUAAAACCAGAUGUUCUUUCUUCCUGAUGUGCAGAUGAAGACACACCUGCUCCGAGAGGAUAAGGAACAUGUCCAGCACCCGGUGACUGGGGCCUAGAAAGGGGAGGAGCCAGAGGAGUGAUCAGGGCUCAGGGAAGGUGUGCACGCAGGUAUAGCUGUCUCUCCUGGAUGCUGAGACUUGAGACCCAGAAAGAAGUCUCCCAUGGCUCCUUAUCACAUCCGCCAGUACCAGGACAGUGACCGUAAACGUGUCCUGGAUGUGUUCAUAAGGGGCAUGGAGGAGUACAUCCCCGCCACCUUCCGCCGUGUGCUGAUGCUGCCCCGAACCCUCCUGCUCUUUCUUGGGGUGCCCCUUGCCACGGUCCUGGUGUCUGGCUCCUGGCUGCUGGCUAUUAUGUGCAUCGUCUUUCUGCUCCUUCUCCUGCAGCUCCUUGCCAGACAGCCUUGGAAGAAGUACGUGGCCAAGUGUUUGCACACAGACAUGGCUGACAUCACCAAGUCCUACCUGCAUGCACGUGGCUCCUGCUUCUGGGUGGCUGAGUCUGGUGGUCAGGUGGUGGGCAUAGUGGGUUGUCUGCCAGUCAAGGAUCCCCCGUCAGGGAGGAAGCAGCUGGAGCUCCUUCACCUGUCUGUGUCCUCACAGCACCGAGGACAGGGGAUAGCGAAAGCCCUGGUCAGAACUCUCCUCCAGUUUGCGCGGGACCAGGGCUACAGUGACGUGGUCCUUGACACCAGUGCCAUGCAGCAAGGUGCUCAGACCCUUUACCUGAGCUUGGGCUUCCGGAGGACAGGCCAGUAUUUCAUGAGUAUGUUCUGGAGGUUAGUGGACAUUCCUACAAUUCAAUUCGAGUAUUCCCUCCCUUCUGCCUAGGAAGUGGGGCUGGGCCCUAUGCUCCUGUACAGCAAGCAGGCCUGCUCCUCUCUAGAGGAACUAGUGAACCUUGUCAUGUCAGUGUGAUGAACAAUAAAAGCUCCUUGCUGGUGCACACCA